AUGAGUUAUCAGAACUUGGAAGAUAACAGCCAAGGAGGCUACGGGUCAUACAACCCGUACGGAGGCCAGUCCAAUCCAUACGGCGCGCAGCAACAACAGUCCCAGCAGGGCUACGGAUAUGGUGGCGGCUACGGCCAGGCUGGUGCCAUGGAGCAGGGCAAUGGUGGCUAUGAAAUGUCCAAUAUGCAGCAGGUCCCCGACAAGAAUGCGCUGCUCACCAAAAUCAACGAGUUGAAGCAGGGCAUUGAAGAUGUCAAGAGGAAGCGCACAACUCAGCUCCGCGCAGCCCAGACGGCUCUGCUCGAGUCCAACACCAGCAAGGAGGACCAGGUCACGCGCCAGAACGUCGAUUACGUCGAGGAUGAGAUCAACACCGCCCUUCGCUACCUUCGCGAUCAGAUGAAGCGCAUCGCCGAGACCCCCGGCUGCGGAUCGCCCGGCCCCGCCGAACACUACACCAUCGCCAAGCGCAGCCUGCAGGAUGAAAUCACAGCCUACCAGGGUGACCAGUCCAACUUCCACAAGCGUCUGGAGGAGCAGGUGCGCCGUCGUUACCAGAUGGCCAACCCGGAGGCCUCUCCGGAUGAGCUUGAGGCCGGUGUUCAGGCUGUGAUGCAGGGCCAGGAGCAGGCAUUUAUGACUCCCGGAACUCGUUCGCGUCAGGCGAAUGAUGCCCGCCAAGCCACCCUCGCCCGUUCCGCUGCGAUCCGCAAGAUCGAAAAGGACAUGGCCGAUCUCGCUCAGCUGUUCACCGAUGUCCAGGAACUCGUCAUUCAGCAGGAGCCUGCGGUCACACAGAUCCAGCAAGGUGCCGAAGAGACUCACCGCAAUGUGCAGCAGGCCAACACCAAAUUGGACAGCGCUAUUACCAGUGCCCGCAAUGCUCGCCGCUGGAAGUGGUAUGCGCUAAUCAUCGUCAUUCUCAUCAUCGCCAUCGUGGUGGGUGUGGCUGUGGGUGUCACUCAGGCCAACAAGUCCACCAAAUAA